GAAAUUUAAAAUUAGUAGUAAAUUUAAACGCAAUCGUGAGGUAUCUGUUCCCAUGCACCGGAAAAAUAAUUAACCUGUGUUGCGAACUGCUGUUGUUUUGCAUACAAAUUAGCACCAAAAUAAUCACUGCAAUCCAUAAACACAUUUAAACCUACAACAGCGCACACAAAGUGCAUCGCAGAACUUGUUUGAUUGAAUAUAUUUCGUAUAAGCAGACAAGAUAUUACAGUUAAAAGCAUUUAAGCUCCUGCAGGUGCGCAGCUUGGCUGCUUAGUGUAUAAAGUAUUCUAUGUUGCCACGAAUCGUUAUAAAUUUCUAUUUUAUAACCACAGUUGGUAAUUGAAGCAGGACGCGUAAGAUCUCGACAUGGGGGUUGCUGAAGAUUUCGCCCCCAGUUUUGUAAAAAAACCGCAGCUACGACAAGAAGAUGAUGGAAAUCGAUUGAUUUUUGAAUGUCAAUUGCUAUCAUCGCCUAAACCAGACAUACAGUGGUAUCGCUCUGACAAUUUGCUCACAGAAGAUGAAAGAACAAAAUUUAAAACUCAGCCUUUAGAGGAUAAUAAAUUCACUGUUAUAUUAGAACUGGAUGAUGUUGUGGAAACUGAUGCAGGUCUUUAUAAAGUGAAAGCAAAAAAUAAAUCGGGCGAAGUAUCAGCAUCAAUUAAUUUAAAUUUUACACCUGCGGACGAACCCAAAGAAAAGCAAAUUGAUGGUUUUGCGCCUACAUUUGCUAAGAAGCCGGCUAUCCGACAGGAGGAUGACGGCAAACGAUUACUAUUUGAGUGCAGGGUAAAUGCAGAUCCUAAACCUACAAUUAUUUGGUACCACAAUAGCGCAGCAGUUAAGGAAACUUCAAGACAUAAGUUGACUAUUGACAAAGAUGGGCACUCAUAUUUUGCAACACUGGAAAUUAAAAAUGUUACAGUUGAGGAUGCUGGCAAAUACAAAGUGAACGCAAAAAAUGAGUUAGGUGAAAGCAACGCAACAAUAAGUCUAAAUUUUGACAGCGACGAAGCACCUGUUCCCGAUGAUGGUAUAAAGCCAACAUUUACCGAACGACCUGUUAUUCAUCAAAGUGAAGAUGGCGGAAAUGUUACCUUUGAGUGCAGAUGCGUUGGAGAUCCAAAACCAAACAUUGUAUGGUUUCACGGAAGUGAAGAAUUGAAAGAAGGUGGUCGUUAUAAGAUGACAUUGACUUUGGACCAAAAACUCUAUCAUAUGGCGCGCUUAGAAAUAAGUAAGGUUAUAUCAAGUGAUCAAGGGGAAUACCGUGCAAGAGCCCGAAACCACAUUGGAGAAGGUGUUGCAACAAUUAAUCUAAAUUUUGAAGGUGGUUCUAAAAAAAUUCCUGAUGGUAAAUCUCCUCGUUUUCCAAAAAAGCCAACUAUUCGUCAAGAAGAAGAUAUUCUUAUCAUGGAAUGCAUAUUAGAGGCCCAUCCAGUACCAGAUAUAACUUGGUAUUGCGCUGAUAAACAAAUUAAUGGUUCUUCACGAAUGAAAAUGUCUCGUAAGGCAAUAUCUAAGGAUACAUACAUAUUGACAUUAGAAAUACAAAAUCCGACAAAGGAAGAUGGUGGAAAUUAUCGGUGUAAUGCUUUUAAUAUGUUUGGUGAAAGUAACGCUAAUAUUGCCCUCAAUUUUCAAGGCGCUAAUGAUGCUGAUGGAUUUGCACCUUCAUUUAUCGAAAAACCACGAAUUAUACCUAACGACUCUGGAACUUUGAUAACGAUGAAAUGUAAGUGUAAAGCGAAACCCGAGCCAACAGUGACCUGGUACAGAGGUCAGGAUAUUGUUGAAAAAAGUAAUAAGAAUAAAAUAAAAACGACUAUAAUCGAAGAGGAUACAUUUCAGCUUACUCUGGAAAUAAAGGAUCCAGGCGCAGCAGAUGGCGGUACAUACAGAUGUAAUGUACAAAAUGAAUAUGGAGAAUCGAAUGCUAACUUAAAUCUAAACAUUGAGGCUGAACCUGAACCAGAAGGAGAAGGCCCAACAUUUGUUGAAAAGCCUCGAAUUAUUUCUGAAAACAAUGGCAAAUUAGUAAUAAUGGAGUGUAAAGUAAAGGCGGAUCCUAAACCAGAUAUAGUGUGGUAUUGUAACGACAAAAUUAUAAAAGAGAGCAAUAAAAUAAAAAUGUCUAUGGAGCAACGUGGUGAUCAGUACUACAUUAAACUGGAGUUACUAGAUCCCCAACUCGAAGAUUCAGGUCUCUAUAAAUGCAAUAUUAAAAACUUGCUUGGAGAACUAAAUGCCAAUCUAACAUUAAACAUUGAAAUCGUACCUGUGAUUAAAGAUAAACCUAAAAUAAUUAAAAUAAUUAAGAAACGUACAGUACUGAUUGAAUGCAUGGUGGCAUCGAAAUUCAAACCUAAGUGUACUUGGUACAAGGAGACAAAUGCUGUUGAAGAAAGUGCGCGACAUGUUUACAUUGUAGAACAAACAAAAGAAGGGGAGUUUGCUGUAAAAUUGGAAAUCAACGAAGUUGAAAAUAGCGAUAAAGGCUCUUAUAAACUUGUUGCUAGCAACGAAAAAGGUGAAGCAGUAUCCCAAAUUGUUAAUUUAACUGAUAUCCCUGAAGAGGAUCGUAAAUCGAGUAAGCCACAAAUUGCUCGAAAACUAGUUGAUCAAACAGUUGUGGAAAGCAAAACGUUUGAAUUGCUGAUAAGCUUGAAGCAAAGCGAUCGCAAAUGCAAAAUAGAAUGGUACAAGGGAACUACUUUGAUAAAAGAAACUAAAGACAUCACAACAACAUUUGAUGGAACAACUGCUCGUCUUACUUACAAUGCAGCGAAGCAAGAACACACGUCAGUGUAUAAAGUUAUUGUAAGCAAUGAUAUAGGCAAAGACGAAUCCGUUUGCAAAAUAACAGUGGAAAAACCGAAAGACAAAAAAAAGAAGGAGGAGGAAGAAAAAAAAGAAAAGAAGGAAGUGGAAACUAAGCCUGAGGAGGAAAUCACUGAAAAGCAAGACAACAAAAAAUUAGAGGAAAAGAAAAUUGAGAAAGACAAGACUAAUAUUCAGAAUGAUAAUGAAAAACCUGCAGAAGAAGCAGUAAUUGAAGAAGUUGCUAAAAAACCUGACAGCAAAAAAAUUGAAGAAAAAGGCAAAACUAAUGAAUUAAAAACAAAAGAAGAGAGUAAACCUAAAGUUGAAGACAAAAAAAAUGCAUCAAAAGUAGAUAAGCCCAAAACAAAUGAAGAAAAAACUGUAAAAACUAUCGACGCAGAGAAACAUGAAAUCGAGAAAAUUGGUGUAAAGAAAGUGGAACGUAAGCCGAAAACACCUGCUCAAGAUUCGGACCUCGAAAAUUCGAAUUCUCCUUCAUUUGACGGAGAGGACGAAAAGGUGAGUAUGGCAACAAUUGCUCAAGAGGAAGUUAAAAUCGACAAGCGCCGUACGUCAGUUAUUAAAUCUGAAGAAACGGUUACGACUGACAAUAAAAUAUCUUCAAGGCGUUCAUCUCUGGCGAUCGAGGAGACAAGUAGUGCAUCGCGGCGUUCCUCUGUUGUGGAAAAGAAAAGUAUUGAGCAAGCAGAGCCCAAAAAACUAGAGCCCAAUAAAUCUCCACAAGAAAUAAAGGAAGAGAUUCCUAAAUUAAAACCGGCCGAACAGAGACGUGCUCCUAAGAUUAUAGAAGAGGCGAAACCUGCUGAAGAACUACCGAAAUUAAGAAAAACAUCUGUCCCUCCACCUGUUGAAGAAGCUAAGCCAGAACCUACCAAAGCAAAGGCAAAGACCAAACCAAAAGCAAAAUCUAAGUAUGAAGAAUUACCCGAAAUUCCAGAUUAUGAAAGGCCAGUAUUGGAAAAAUAUGAAAAGUCUGAUUUUGUACCAACCGAUUUUAGUAGAGAGUUAGAUGUACCAAAUAAAAUGGAGAAACCAAUCAUUGAAGCAGCUAAAAAAGAAGCAGAAGAUGAACCAUUGAUAAAUGGUUUACCGAAGAAAUCGAAUGUUAUUCAAAAAAGUCAAGAAGAGCCAAAAGGUCUGAAGAUUGGUAAAGGUAAAAUUCCCGAUGACGAAACAGAGAAAGAUUCAGCAGUACUGCGGCCAGUUAUAAUCGAACCAAAGAGUAAACAAGAUGAGGAAAUAUCGAAUAAUGCUGGAGAGUCUUUAAAGGAAAACACUAAACUACCUCUUAUUGAAUUGAUUAAACAACGUCGUCGAUCUUCUAUAAGAAAUAUUAUAACAAAGGAGCCAAUUGAAAAUGAAAGCUUUCUUGGGGUGGUGCUUAAACCUGUUAUUAGGGAUCCAAAAGAAGCACAGGCACCUCAAAAGGCAAAACAAUUGCUUAAGGAAACAAUCAAAGAGGAAAAGUUUAAUGCUACAGCUCCUGGUAAAGCAAACAUUUCGCAUUUGCAAAAACCUGAGGGAUUACCAACAAUUGUGGAUGAUUAUCAGCGACCAACAUUACAAAAAUAUGAAAAACCAAUAUUCCUAAAAAACGAAAAGGAUAAGCUUGGUGUAACCGUACCUGAAAUACAAGCCCCUAUCACUGAAGCCGUUGUAGAUAAGCUUGGUGUAACCGUACCUGAAAUACAAGCCCCUAUCACUGAAGCCGUUGUAGAUACGGUUCAGGAUGACAAACCUAAAAUACCCAAAAUACAACCGCCAGCGCCAGGGGAGCCACCAAAAAUUGAAGUUAUUCGCGAAAAGCGUCCAUCUUUAGCUCCUGAACCAACUAGCCGACGGGGAUCAUUAAUUCCUCCAGCUGAAAUGGGACGACGGCCGUCACUUAUUAUAAAUGAUGAGAAAAAGUUACGACCUGGAGAAGUAAUGGAUACUCGGUUAUUGAGACCUGGAGAGGUGGGUGAAGCACAGAGACGUAGAACAUCAAUUGAUGUACGUCGUCCAAGUGUUCAAGAUCUCGAAGAUCUUAUCAAUAAACCGUCAACUCCUCUCCGUGAUGUUGGCGAUGGAGGGCCACCGCAAAUUAUUGAUGUCCAGGAAUCAUAUUCAGCCGUGGAAGAUUCUACUGCUUACAUGACGGUUGGAAUAGAAGGAAAUCCCGCGCCUACGUUUAAAUUUUACAAAGGUGUUACAGAAAUUAUCGAAGGCGGGCGCUAUAAGUUUCUUACUGAUGGGCAGACAAAUUCAAUCACGCUCUGUAUGCGUAAAUGUAAGCCUAAUGAUGAGGGCAAAUACAAAGUAGUUGUUUCAAAUAUACACGGUGAAGAUACAGCAGAAAUGCAAUUAUAUGUUUCCGAUUCAAGUGGCAUGGAUUUUCGUGCUAUGUUGAAAAAACGCCGUUAUCAAAAAUGGGACAAAGAAGAACAAGAUCCCAAUUGGGGUGAUCUAAAGGAAACGGAAAAGCCGUUACCGCAAUUGAAAAAAGUUGAACGGAAACAAGAGUCAUUUCUUAGCCCACUUAUUGAUCAGUUCGCCAAAGAAGGAAAGGAUAAGAAGGUUGUGUUCGAGGCCAGAUUUAGUAAGCCGAAUUGCAAGCCGAAAUGGUUAUUCCGCAAAGAUGAACUCUUUACCGGCAGUAAGUGUAAAUUUAAAAAUGAAAACGACACGUAUCAAUUGAUUAUAAUGGGUCCGAAAGUGGAGGAUACUGGCAAAUAUACAAUUGAAAUUGGCGGAGUGUCUAGCACUGCUUUCUUGAAUGUUGAAGAAGCAGAUCCAAGUUAUACCUUUGUUAAACAAUUGAAAAAAAAAGUAGAAGGUUUUACAAAACACGAAACCACAUUGGAAUGUGCUGUAAGUAGUAGUAUGGCUAAUGUGACAUGGUUUAAGGACAAUAAAAAAAUCGAAUCCGAUGAUCCUCGGUAUCUAAUUUCUAAAGAUAUUAAUGGAAAUUUAAAAUUGAUCAUAAAAGAGUCUGUACUGGAAGAUUCAGGACACUACAGAUGUCAAUUAGAUAAACAGCCAGAUAAAACUGAAACAAAUGUCAAGAUAGUUGAGUAUCCAUAUAAAUUUGUGAAAGUACUAAAGUCACAACAAUGUAUUGAGAAAGAUACAGUAACAUUGGCUUGCGAAAUAGAUGACGCCACCGGUGACGUACAGUGGUGGCGCGGUGAAGAAGAAAUAAAACCAGAUAAACGUAUGCAAGUAGUUAAGGAUGGUCGCAAACGUAAGCUUAUUAUUAAGGACUGCAAGGUUACUGAUGCCGGCCUAUUCAAAUGCACCACCAAUGCUGACAAAACUGAAGCUGAAAUUAUUAUUAACUAUCAAAACCGUUUUAAUAAGAAAUUGAAAGACAUUGAUGGAGUAGAACGUGAGAAAUUAGUACUUGAUGUAGAGUUACAAGACCAAACUGCCCCGUGUGAUUGGAAAUUCAACGGUGAACCUAUUGUACCAAAUGAAAACAUUGAAAUUAAGAACCUUGGUGGUGGAAAACAUCAACUAAUAUUUAAUCACCUUGAAAUGUCAAACGAAGGAGAAAUAACUUGUCAAUCAGGACAAUUAGUAUCUUCAUGCAAGCUUACGGUUAGUAAAGGAGAGAGUAAACCAAAUAUAGACUGCCCAGAUGAGUUUGCAGGCCCUAUUAGUGCACCUGUAGUUGUAGAAGUACCAUACAAAGUAAACGGUACAAAACAAACACCUAUUGAAGCUAAAUUAAUUAAAGAUGGUAAGCCUCUUCCUGUGAAAGACGUUGAAGUAGCCGUAACUGAUGACAAAGUCACAUUUAAAAUAAAAAAACCAUCACGUGAUAUCUCAGGUCCAUAUCAAAUAAAGAUUUCAAAUGGUCAAGGUGAAGAUGUUAAAUCUGUGCAGAUUAUUUGCCAAGAUGUACCUAAACCUCCGUUUGAAAUUGAUGUUACUGAAGUAUUUCAGACUUCUUGCAAAGUUAAUUUCAAGCCACCAGAAGAUGAUGGUGGUUCACCAAUAAUUAAAUAUGUAAUUGAACGACAAGAUUUGAGUAAAAAGCAAAGUUGGGAAAAUGUCGCUGAGGUUCUUCCAGAAGAAAAAUAUUCCAAGUUAAUUGACGAUUUAUUACCGAAAAAGCAGUACAGAUUCCGUAUACGUGCUGUUAAUAAGAUUGGUCCAUCUGAUCCAGCUACAUUUAAAAACUCAAUACUUGCUAAAGAUCCAUGGGAUGAACCAGGAAAACCAAAGUCCGUCGAACUUGUCGACUGGGAUAAAGAUCAUGCUGAUCUGAGUUGGGAAGCCCCGGAUAGUGAUGGUGGUGAUCCAAUAUCUAGUUACAUCAUAGAAUUUAAGGAAAAAUUCUCCAAUGACUGGGUACCAGGAAAAGAGGUUCCUGGAGAUAUGCGAAAAGGUACAGUAGAUGGAUUAAAAGAAGGACAACAGUAUGAAUUCCGAAUCCGUGCAGUUAAUAAGGCAGGACCUGGAGAACCCAGCGAUAAAACGAAAUCAAUAAUUGCUAAAUGCCGUUUUGUUAAACCGUUUAUAGUUGGUGAUGGUUUAAAAAAUAUUACGGUCAAGAAAGGUCAAACUGUUCGUUAUGAUAUUAAGUAUGAUGGUGAACCAGAACCUACUGCAAAGUGGUUCAAAGGUAAUGAUGAAUUAAUUUUUGACAAUCAACGAAUAUUGCUUGAGCAAUUAGAGCGCAACUCGUCAAUAACAAUCAAAAAGGCAGUGCGUAAAGAUACAAGCAAAUAUAAAUUAGUCCUGUCGAAUAGCUCUGGAACGAUUGAGUCCGAAGCACAAGUUAUAGUUUUAGAUAAACCAUUGGCACCUACUGGCCCGUUCGAACCUGAAGAAGUGCGUGCUGAUCAUAUAAAAAUGAAAUGGAAACGUCCCCAAGAUGAUGGUGGUUGCGAUAUAACUGGAUAUGCGUUAGAACGUAUGGACGAGGAAACUGGACGAUGGAUUCCCGCUGGUGAAGUUGGUCCCGAUGAGACCAGUUUUAACUUUAAAGGCUUAACGCCAAACAAAAGCUACAAGUUUCGAGUUAAAGCAAUUAAUAAAGAAGGCGAAUCUGAACCACUGGAAACAACUGAACCUGUGGUUGCCAAAAAUCCAUACGACCCACCAAGCGCACCAGGAAAACCAACAAUUAAUGAUUACGAUAAUAAGAGCGUAUCACUCGUGUGGAAACUGCCUCCGUCAGAUGGCGGUCGGCCUAUUUUACAAUAUAUUAUUGAAAUGAAAGACAAAUUUUCGCCAACUUGGAAUGAAGUAGCUAAGACUGAAGGACCAACACCAGAAUGUAAAGUCGAGAAUCUGAAAGAAAAAAUGGUGUACCAGUUUCGUGUUCGAGCAGUUAACAAAGCUGGAGCAUCACAACCAUCCGAACCAACUGAUAAUCACUUAUGCAAACAUAAAAAUCUGAAGCCGAAUAUAGAUCGUUCUACUUUCAAAAAAGUCACUAUCAAAAGUGGUCGUACUCAUAAAUGGCAAGUUGAUGUAACUGGUGAGCCGGUACCUAAGUUACAUUGGAGCUGGAGAGAUGAUGUUCCUUUAACUACUGGUGAUCGUAUUAAAAUUGAAGACGUCGAUUACCAUACUGACUUUACAAUUGUGAAUGCUGUACGCAAAGACAGUGGAAUAUAUACAUUAAAAGCUGAAAAUAGAAACGGUGUUGAUCGUGAAAGUGUUGAGCUUAUUGUCUUAAGUAAACCAACCUCGCCAAAAGGACCUCUAACUGUAAAUGAUGUAACAGCAAAUGGGUGUAAAUUACAAUGGAAGAAACCAGAAGAUGAUGGUGGAGUACCCAUCAAGGAAUAUGUUGUCGAAAAAAUGGACACUGCUACUGGUAAAUGGGUACGAGUUGGGCGAUCACCUGGUGAAAAAGAACCACCUAGUUUUGACGUAACAGGCCUCAAUCCUGGAUCAGAAUAUAUGUUCCGCGUAAGCGCAGUUAAUGAUGAAGGUGAAUCAGAACCUUUAACUACCCUUGUUGGUGUAGUUGCAAAAGAUCCUUAUGACGAGCCUAAUAAGCCUGGAACUCCUGAAGUGACCGACUACGAUAAUCAGUCCGUUUCUCUUAAGUGGACUCCACCGAAUAAUGAUGGUGGUGCAGCAAUUGAAAAAUACAUUAUAGAAAAGAAAGAUAAAAAUAAACCUGAUUGGGAAAAAGCGCUUGAGAUUCCUGGCAACCAAUUAGAUGCUACAGUUGCUGGCCUGCAGGAAUAUGGCGAAUAUGAGUUCCGAGUAAUAGCCGUUAAUAAAGCAGGACCAUCACCUCCAUCAGAUGCAAGCAAAAUGCAAAUAGUGAAAUAUAAAAAAUUGAAACCUCGUAUCGAUCGUACGAAUCUUAAGCCGCUGUUAAUACGUUCCGGAAAACCCAUUAAAUAUGAUAUCAAUAUACGCGGUGAACCGGCACCUAAAGUAACCUGGUACCAAAACGGCAAAGAGCUUAAGCCAGAAGAACAACCUAGUAAUUGUGAAAUAAAAAAUAUUCCUUACAACACAAAAAUAUCAAUUACCGACAGUGUCCGUAAACAUACAGGCACAUACAAAAUUUAUGCUGUUAACGAACAUGGUGAAGAUGAAGCUGAGGUAGAAGUUAAUGUUUUAUCUGCACCUGGAAAGCCAACGGGACCACUUAAAGUAGCAGAUAUAACAAAAGAUGGUUGUAAACUAAAGUGGAAAAAGCCCGUCGAUGAUGGUGGUAAGCCAAUAACAGCUUAUCAGGUUGAAAAGUUCGAUAAAAAGCAAGGCCGUUGGGUGCCUGUUGGACGUACUUCAGGCAACGAUACUGAAAUAGAUGUAAAAGGUUUGCAAGAAGGUCAUGAAUAUCAGUUUCGUGUUAAAGCUAUUAACGAAGAAGGUGAAUCUGAACCACUGGAGACAGAUGGCAGUAUUAUAGCUAAAAAUCCAUAUGAUGCUGCUAGUAAACCUGGAAAACCCACUAUCGAGGAUUAUAACGAGCAUAUGGUCAAAUUAAAAUGGGAAGCUCCGAAAGAUGACGGAGGUGCUCCUAUAACGGGUUAUAUAAUUGAGAAGAAAGAUAAAUUUUCGCCUGUUUGGGAUGAAGUUUUAACCACUAAUACUCCUGCGGUAGAAGGUACUGUUGAUGGCUUGACUGAAGGUAAUAUUUACCAAUUCCGAGUACGUGCAAUCAACAAAGCUGGCCCAAGUGAUCCAAGUGAUUCUACAGAACCACAUUUAGCUAAACCAAGAAACUUGAAACCGUUGAUAAAUCGAGAAAAAAUGAAACCAAUUAAAGUUCGAGCGGGACAGACAGUUAAAUUUGAUGUAGAUGUAAAAGGUGAACCUGCACCAACACUUACUUGGUUCUUUAAGGAACAAAAUAUAACACCAAGUGGUCAAAUACGCUUAGAAAAUGAAGACUAUAAUACGAAAUUGACGCUUUUGGAUCCUUCUCGUAAGGAUAGUGGUCCUUACAAAUUAAAAGCUGAAAAUAUUAAUGGAAUUGAUGAAGCUGAAGUAGAAGUUAUUAUAUUAGAUAAGCCGUCUAAGCCAGAGGGUCCUUUGGAAGUAUCAGAUGUACAUAAAGAAGGUUGUAAAAUCAAAUGGAAAAAGCCAAAAGACGAUGGUGGGGUUCCGAUUACUGGCUAUGUCAUUGAAAAAUUAGAUACAGCUGUUGGUCGUUGGGUACCAGCUGGUACUGCUGAUCCAGAAAAAUUAGAGCAAGAAAUUAAGGGUCUUGAACCAAAUCACAGAUAUCAGUUUCGUGUUAAGGCAGUCAAUGAAGAAGGUGAAUCUGAGCCAUUGGAUACAGAAUCCGCCAUCACGGCUAAGAAUCCAUUUGAUAUUUCUGCACCACCUGGGUUACCAGAAAUACAUGACUGGGAUGAACAUCACGUAAAACUUAAGUGGGAGCCACCAAUCCGUGAUGGUGGUGCACCAAUUACCGGUUAUAUUAUUGAAGUCAUGGAUAAAGAUUCUGGUGAAUUCGUUAAGGCUGCAGAGAUAGAUGGACCAGUAUGUAAUGGAACAGUUAAAAAAUUAGAGGAAGGUCAACAGUAUAAAUUCCGUGUUCGAGCUGUUAAUAAGGCAGGCCCAUCAGAUCCUUCUGAACAAACAAACUGGCAUACUGCUAAACCACGAUAUUUAAAACCUCAUAUUGAUAGAACUAACUUGAACCCAAUCCAUGUUAAAGUUGGUCUUUCUAUUAGUCUUGAUGUUAAUAUAAAAGGUGAACCUGCUCCUAAAGUUGAAUGGUUUUUUAAAGGUCAGCCAAUAAUUUCUCAAGAAGACGAUAUUAAAAUUGAUAAUGUUGACUAUAAUACCAAAUUUUUCGUAAUGCGUGCAAAACGCUUACAAAGUGGAGUAUACACUAUUGAAGCCACUAAUGAGGUUGGGAAAGACAUAGCUGAAGUGGACAUAACUGUUCUGGGAAAACCAGGAAAACCCAAAGGCCCACUACAAGUUAAUGACAUAAAUAAGCAUGGCUGUAAGUUAAAGUGGGAAAAACCAGAAGAUGAUGGAGGAGCAGUUAUUGACUACUAUGAAAUAGAAAAACUUGAUCCGCAUACCGGUCAAUGGCUACCAUGCGGUAAAAGCACAGAGCCUGAAGCAAAAGUUAUUGGUUUGCAUGAGGGAAAACCAUAUAAAUUUCGUGUUAGAGCGGUAAAUAAAGAAGGUGAAUCAGAUCCUUUAGAGACAGAAAAAUCAAUUAUAGCUAAAAACCCGUAUGAUGAACCAGACAAACCAGGACGACCCACACCAACAAAUUGGGACAAAGACUUUGUUGAUUUAUCAUGGGAUCCACCGAAGAAUGAUGGUGGCGCACCUAUUGAAAAAUAUAUAAUCCAAUUGAGAGAUAAAUCAGGUCGAGGGUGGAAAGAUGCAGCAACUGUCCCUGGUAGUGCAACUAAAGGUACCGUAACAAAUGUAGAAGAAGGACAUGAGUAUGAAUUUCGAAUUAUUGCUGUUAAUAAAGCUGGACCUAGUGAACCAAGUGACGCCUCGAAAUCUAUUGUCGCAAAACCACGCUUUCUUAAACCUCAUAUAGAUCGCAAGAAUCUACAGAAAAAAAUAAUGCGAAGCGGCCAAAUGCUGCACAUGGAAGCUAUUGUAAAAGCAGAGCCUCCAGCAAAUGUGAUUUGGACUUUCAAUAAUGAAGUUUUAAAGUCGAACGAAAGACUAAAAAUUGAAAACGAAGAUUACAAGACUACUUUCAUUAUGCCAAAAGUUCGACGUUCAGAUAAAGGAAUAUAUGUUGUUACUGCAAAAAAUGACUCUGGUACUGAUACUGUUGAAGUGGAACUGGAAGUACUGUGUAGGCCAAGUAAACCACAAGGGCCUUUGGCAGUAUCUGACGUUACAGCGGAAAGUGUACAUCUUAAAUGGAAUAAACCUGACGAUGAUGGAGGUGAACCUAUUGAGCACUAUUUAGUUGAGCGUAUGGAUACAGAAACUGGACGGUGGGUACCUGUUUGUACGACAAAGACUCCAGAAGCAGAUAUUUCUGGGUUAACGGAAGGUAGAGAUUAUUUCUUUAGAGUUAAGGCCGUUAACGCUGAAGGAGAAUCAGAAGCAUUGGUUACGGACCUUCCAACAACUGCAAAGAAUCCAUACAAUGCAACUGACACGCCAGGAAAACCACAAAUUACUGAUUGGUCCUCUAAUCAUGCAGACCUUAAAUGGAAGGCACCAGACGAUGACGGUGGAGCGCCUAUUACAGGCUAUGUGAUUGAGAAAAAGGAUAACAACACUGGAAAAUGGCAAAAAAUAUUAGAAACAAAUACACCUGAUUGCAAAGCCCGUGUAAAUGACUUAAUUGAAGGUACAAAAUACCAAUUCCGCGUAAAAGCCAUAAAUAAAGCAGGUCAAAGUAAACCCUCCGAGCCAUCAGAUCAAAUGAUAGCAAAAGAUCGUUUUGCACCUCCAAAAAUUGAUCGUACAAAUAUUAAAGACCUUGUGAUUAAAUCAGGACAACCUAUACGAUAUGACAUCAAAAUAUCGGGAGAACCUGCGCCAACGAAAACUUGGUUCCAUAACAAAGCUCGAAUUGAAGAUAGUAGCGAUAUAAAUAUUGAUAUCGAACCAAAUCGCACGAAAUUUGUAAUUUCAUUUGCUAAACGUGUAAAUACAGGUAAAUAUACAAUCAAGGCAGAAAAUGAUUCAGGACGCGAUGAAGCAACUUUCGAUAUAACUGUUCUUGAUAAACCAUCAAAACCUGAAGGUCCCCUACGUGUUUCUGAUGUACAUAAAGAAGGUUGUAAAUUAAAGUGGAAUCCACCUUUAGACGAUGGUGGUUUACCUAUUGAGCACUAUAUUGUUGAAAAAAUGGACACAGAAACUGGGCGUUGGUUACCAUCUGGGCGUUUUAAAGAACCAUUUGCAGAAUUAAACAACUUAGUACCAGGUCAAGAAUACAAAUUUCGAGUUUUAGCUGUUAAUACUGAAGGCGAAUCUGAACCCCUUGAUGGUGAUCAUUCUGUUGUAGCUAAAAAUCCUUUCGAUGAACCCGGUAAACCAGGCACUCCAGAAGCAACAGAUUGGGAUAAAGACCAUGUUGAUUUAGUAUGGCGCCCACCCCUGAAUGAUGGAGGUUCUCCAGUUACAUCGUACGUAGUAGAAAAACGAGAAAAGGGCACUGAAAAAUGGAUAAAAGGAGCGGAGUUAUUAGCCCCUCCUCUUGGUAAUGAAUGUAAAGUAACGGUACCUAAUUUAGAAGAAAAUUGCGAGUAUGAAUUCCGUGUGAAAGCAAUCAAUGCUGCAGGUCCUGGAGAGCCAUCCGAUGCCAGUGAAAUCGUCACCACAAAGUCCAGAAAACUUGCUCCAAAAAUUGACCGCCGAAAUAUACAAACAUAUAAUAUAAAGACUAGCGAAUCUUUAUACUUAGACAUCAAAGUCAGCGGAGAGCCAGCCCCAGAAAUUUCUUGGUCCCAAAAUGCAAAAUCUAUUCAAGAAAAUUCAAACCGAUUCAUUGAAAAUGUGCCUUAUAAUACGAAAUAUAUAAUUAAAAAUCCCGAACGAAAAGACACUGGCCUCUACAAAAUAAUUGCAACAAAUAAGUAUGGUCAAGAUCAAGUUGAGUUCCAAAUUAAUAUUAUAACCAAACCUGGCAAGCCCGAAGGUCCCUUGGAUGUAAGUGAUGUACACAAGGAGGGUUGCAAGCUUAAGUGGAAAAAACCAAAAGAUGAUGGAGGAGAGCCAAUCGAAGCCUACGUAAUUGAAAAGUUUGAUACUGAAGCAGGUAUUUGGCUGCCUGUUGGUAAAUCUGAUAUACCUGAAUUUGAAGUAGAUGGCUUAAUACCUGGCCAUGAAUAUAAAUUCCGAGUCAAAGCCGUAAAUAAGGAAGGAGAAUCUGAACCUCUUGAAACUUUUGGUUCAAUCAUUGCUAAGGAUCCAUUCGUAAUUCCUUCUAAACCUGGUGCCCCUGAACCAAUUGACUGGUCUUCAAAUAAGGUUGAAUUAGCUUGGACAGAACCAGCUAGUGAUGGUGGCUCGCCAAUAAUUGGUUAUAUAAUAGAGAAAAAAGAUAAAUAUAGUCCAAUGUGGGAAAAAGCUUUAGAAACUGAUUCACCUACCCCUAAUGCAGUUGUAAAUGGAUUAAUUGAAGGAAACGAAUAUCAGUUUCGAAUAUUAGCUGUAAAUAAAGCAGGGGCAUCUGAGCCAUCUGAUCCUGGAAAGACAUUUACUGCUAAACCUCGUUUCCUACCACCAAAAAUUGACCGUAGAAAUCUUCGAGAUGUUACAAUAUCGGCAGGUGCACCACUGAAAUUAGAUGCAAAUAUAAUUGGUGAACCGGCUCCUAAAGUUGAAUGGAAAUUUUUAAAUUGUCCAUUACUACCAAGCAAAACUGUAUUAAUUGAGACUCCUGAUUAUUACACAAAACUUGUGAUAAGACCAACUGUUCGUGGUGAUUCUGGUGAAUAUUUAGUUACUGCUACUAAUAGUUCGGGCAAAGAUAGCGUUUUAAUUAAUGUAACUGUUACUGAUAAACCAAGUCCCCCAACUGGUCCACUUCAGAUUUCUGAUGUGCAUAAGGAAGGAUGCCAUUUAAAAUGGAAACGUCCAAAAGAUGAUGGUGGCAUUCCUAUAGAAUACUUUCAAAUUGAAAAAUUGGAUCCAGAAACUGGAUGUUGGACACCUGUUUGUAGGUCAAACGAAACACAAGCAAAUGUAACUGGCUUAAAACCAGGACAAGAAUACAAAUUUCGUGUUUCAGCUGUGAACUCUGAAGGAGAGUCAGCCCCUCUUGUGGGUGAUGAAACAAUAAUAGCUAAAAAUCCAUUUGACGAGCCUGGAAAACCAGAAAAUUUAAGAGCAACUGAUUGGGACAAAGACCAUGUUGAUUUAGCAUGGACAGCACCUUUAAGUGAUGGAGGUUCUCCUAUUUCAGCAUAUCUUAUUGAAAAGAAGGAUAAAUACGGUCAGUGGGAAAAAGCAUUGGAAGUUCCUAGUGAUCAAACCAAAGCUAAGGUUGCAGAUUUAAUUGAAGGACAAGCAUACGAAUUUCGGGUUUCUGCCAUUAACGCAGCAGGACCUGGUGAUGCAUCCGAUUCCAUUGGCCCAAUUAUUGCAAAACCUAGAAAUAAAGCUCCUCUUAUUGAUCGUACUAAUUUAAUUGAAGUAAGAAUCAAAAGCGGCCAAAGUUUUGCGUUUGAUUGCAAAGUUUCUGGUGAACCAGCGCCAAAAACUAAAUGGUUGAAUAAUAAGCGUGAAUUAGUUACAAAAGAUAACAUAAAAGUUAUUCAUAUUGAUUACAAUACGAAAUUAAAAAUAUCCAACGCAACACGAUCUGAUUCUGGCAUUUAUACUGUUCAUGCGGAAAAUUUAAGUGGCGAAGACAGUGCAGAUGUGAAAGUCAUUGUUAUUGACAAGCCAUCACCUCCUACUGGUCCAAUUGAUAUAAAAGAUGUUCAUGCUAAUGGAUGUUCCCUUCAUUGGAAUCCUCCACAUGAUGACGGAGGACAACCAAUUGAAAAUUAUGUAAUAGAAAAACUUGAUGAAAUCAGUGGCAGAUGGGUACCGGCUGGAGAGACCGAAGGUGCUGCGACGAAUUUUGAGGUAAAAGGCUUAACGCCAAAUCAUAAAUAUAAAUUCAGAAUACGUGCCAAAAAUCGUCAAGGAUUAUCCGAUCCAUUAACUACACCACAUUCAAUUGAAGCAAAGAAUCCAUAUAAUAAAUCUUCUAAACCAGGCACUCCACAUAUUACUGAUUUUGAUAAAGAUUUUGUUGAUCUCGAAUGGACCCGACCAGAAAAUAAUGGAGGGUCUCCGAUAACUGGCUAUGUUAUUGAAAAACGAGACAAAUACGCGACAGAUUGGGAGCCAUGUGCAGAGGUAGAUGGAGAUUCAACCACGGGCCAUGUACCUGAUUUAAUUGAAGGCGUUAAGUAUGAAUUUCGUGUACGGGCUUUAAAUAAAGCUGGUCCCAGUGAUCCUAGUGAUCCUACCGCACCACAUAUUGCACGUGCCAAAAACUUAGCACCAAAAAUUGAUCGUAAUUUUAUGCUCGACAUUAAAAUACGAGCAGGAAGUACUUUUGAAUUUGACGUACCCGUCAGUGGGGAACCCGUACCAAGUAAAGACUGGUCACACGAGGACAAUAUGGUUAUAAAUACAGACCGUAUUAAAAUAUCUAAUGAGGAUCACAAAACUAAAUUACGCGUAAUUGAUGCUAAAAGAGCCGAUACUGGAACUUAUAGCCUUGUGGCACGCAAUUGUAACGGAGUCGAUAAAGCUACUGUUAAGGUAACAGUGACAGAUGUACCUACUCCUCCAGAAGGUCCAAUACGUCCAGAUGAAAUUACUAAGAAUUCAAUUAAACUUCACUGGCGUCCACCAAAAGAUGAUGGCGGUUCUGAAAUAACACAUUAUGUAGUUGAGAAAAUGGAUACAGAUAAUUUACGAUGGGUACCUGUAGGUGAAUGUGCUGAUACUGAAAUCCGUGCUGAAAACUUAAUUGAAAAUCAUGAUUACAAUUUUAGAGUUCGAGCAGUUAAUAAACAAGGUGAAUCAAUGCCUUUAACAACAACUCAGACUAUUACUGCUAAAGAUCCAUAUUCACGCCCUGAUAAACCCGGUCAACCUCAACCAAUUGAUUGGGGUAAAAAUUUUGUGGAUUUAAAAUGGACUGCUCCAAAAAAAGACGGUGGCUCUCCAAUUUCUGGUUAUAUUAUUGAAAAAAGACCUAAAUUCGGUCAGUGGGAAAAAGCAUUAGAUGUUCCUGAUGGGGAGACUACCGCACAUAUUCCGGAUUUAACAGAAGGCGGUGAAUAUGAAUUUCGUGUCAUUGCAGUUAAUCGUGGUGGUCACAGUGAUCCAUCUGAUGCGUCACCAUCUGUUACAUGUAAACCUAGAUUUUUGGCACCAUCAUUCGAUAAAUCCUUACUAAAGGAUAUAACAGUACAUGCUGGCAAACGUUUAGGCUGGACCAUACCCAUUGAAGCAUCACCAAAACCGUCUAUUAAAUGGCUUGUUAAUGGUAAAGAAAUAACAGAAAGUUCGCGUGUUGAUAUGAGUUUAUUCAACAAUGAUAUUUCAUUUAAUAUACCUUGCUCUCAACGGACAGAUGAAGGUCGAUAUACUCUUGUUUUAAGAAAUGAGCAUGGAUCUUUUGAGUCAUCAGCUUAUGCUACUGUAUUAGAUUGUCCAAGCCCACCUAUAGGUCCCUUAAAUAUUUCAAAAAUAACAAAAGAAGGAUGUCAUUUAUCAUGGAAAAUUCCCGAAGACGAUGGCGGUUCUCCAAUUUUGCAUUACAUAAUUGAAAAAAUGGAUUUGUCCAGAGGAACAUGGUCAGAUGCUGGUAUGAGCACAAAUCAAGUUCAUGAUGUAUCACGGUUAAUUCAUAAAAAAGAAUACUUAUUCCGAGUUAAAGCAGUGAAUGCUAUUGGUGAAUCAUUACCAUUAGAAGCAAGCAACAGUAUUAUAGCUAAAAAUGAGUUUGAUGAGCCAGAUCCUCCAGGUAAACCGAUUAUUAUUGAUUGGGAUAGAGAUCAUGUCGAUUUGCAAUGGACAGAACCGAAAAAUGAUGGAGGAGCACCUCUCACAGAGUAUAUUGUGCAGAAAAAAGAAAAAGGUAGUCCAUAUUGGACAAAUGUUUUGCGUGUACCACCAAAUAAAGUUAUGGCAACAGUUCCUGAUUUAAUUGAAGGACAAGAAUAUGAAUUUCGUAUUAUUGCUGCAAAUAAAGCAGGUCAAUCAGAACCAUCUGAACCAUCAGAUAUGAUCAUGGCUAAACCUCGUUACCUAGCACCCAAAAUUAUUACUCCAUUGAAGGAUGUGCGUAUAAAAGCCGGACUUAUUUUUCAUUUAGAUAUUGACUUUAUAGGAGAGCCAAUACCUGACGUAAUUUGGAGUCAUAAUAAUUCAAUUUUAUCAACUGAUAACCGCUCUACUAUAACUUCCGUUGGUCAUCAUACAGUUGUACAUACAGUUAACUGUCAGCGUGAUGAUUCAGGCACUUAUCAUUUGCUUUUACGAAACGAUUCCGGUAUUGAUGAAGGAAGCUUCCAGUUAAUUAUAUUGGAUCGUCCUAGCCCUCCCAUUGGACCCAUGGAAUAUGAAGAAAUAACUGCUAACUCCGUCACAAUUUCUUGGAAACCACCUAAAGAUAAUGGGGGAUCUGAAAUAUCUGCUUAUGUUAUUGAAAAACGUGAUCUGACACAUGGUGGUGGCUGGGUUCCCGCUGUUACUUAUGUUAAUGCAAAAUACAACCAUGCUGUUGUACCUAGAUUAGUGGAAGGAACAAAAUAUGAGUUUAGAGUGAUGGCCGAAAAUAUGCAGGGGCGAUCAGAUCCACUUAAUUCGGAGCAUCCGAUAAUAGCCAAAAAUCAAUAUAAUGUUCCUGGUGCACCUAGUAAACCAGAAAUUGUUGACAGUGAUAAGGAUCACAUUUCAUUUAAAUGGAAACCACCAAUAAGUAAUGGUGGAUCACCUAUACUUGGAUACGAUAUUGAAAGACGUGAUGUUUCGAAUAAUGCUGUUGGUCGUUGGAUAAAAAUAAACAGAGACAAUGUCCCACUUACAGACUUCAGUGAUGAAACGGUUACUCCAGAUCAUCAAUAUCAAUACCGAAUAUCUGCAAUAAAUGCAGCUGGAAAUGGUAAACAUUCUGAGCCAUCAUCAAUAUUUUCAGCUAAACCAAUGCGGGAAAAACCGCAUCUUUAUCUUGAUGGGCUAAUUGGACGGAAAAUCAAGGUAAAGGCUGGAGAACCAGUCAAUCUCGUGAUUCCCAUUUCUGGUGCGCCCACUCCAACUAUAGAAUGGAAACGAAAUAACAUAAAGCUACCUGAAAGUAAUAAAAUUUCUUAUCAUACAACAUCCGAGAAAACAAUAUUUCGCAUUGACGAUUCUGUUCGGCAAGAUGCUGGAUGCUACACCAUUACUGCUAGUAAUGAAUUUGGUAAAGACGCAGCUGAUAUAGAAGUUAUCGUUGUCGAUAGACCUGGUCCUCCAGUUGGACCAAUAAAUUAUACAGAUGUUUCUCCGGAUCAUAUAUCUUUGUCAUGGAAUAUACCAAAAGAUGAUGGAGGAAGCGAUAUCACAGGUUAUGUUAUUGAAGUAAGUGAAUUUGGUACGGAUAAUUGGCGAACGGUUCCAGGAUAUUGUUCCAAACCUAAUCAUACAGUUAAGGGGUUAACUGAAGGAAAAAAAUAUGUAUUCCGUGUACUAGCAGAAAACAUUUACGGCUUAUCAGAGCCAUUAGAAGGCAAACCAAUUGUAGCCAAGUCUCCAUUCGACCCUCCAGAUGCACCUAGUCAACCCGAUGUUGUUGCAUACUCUCCCACUUCUGCUAGUUUAGAAUGGAAACCACCAGAAUAUUGUGGUGGAAAACCAAUAACAGGUUAUAUUGUAGAAAGAAGAGAGCGAGGAGGUGAAUGGAUAAAAUGCAACAAUUAUCCAACACCAAACACAAGUUAUACAGUUCAGGACUUACGAGAAGGUGGACGUUACGAAUUCCGUAUAAAAGCUGUAAAUGAGGCUGGCCCUGGAAAACCAUCAAAACCAUCUGAGCCUAUAACAGCACAGUUGCAACGCUUCAGACCAGAUCCUCCUGAACCUCCCAAACCCGAUCGUAUUACUAAAGAUAGUGUUACCCUUUCAUGGAUGCCUCCCAGAAAUGAUGGAAAGUCAAGAAUUAAAGGCUAUUUGUUAGAAAUGAAACCUAAAGGUUCUAAAGAAUGGGUACCGGUGAAUGAUGUACCUAUUGCUGGAACAGUAUAUACUAUUCCAAAUCUUAAAGAACAUGAAGAGUAUUCCUUCCGCGUUAUGGCGCUGAAUGACGUUGGGCCAUCAGAUCCAUCAAAACCUUCUCAAGUGAUUGUUGAAGAACAACCAAAUAAGCCAUGCAUGGAUCUUGGUGGAGUGCGUGAUAUUAUUUGCCGUGCUGGAGAAGAUUUUAGUAUACAUGUACCAUAUAUUGGUUUUCCAAAACCAACCGCAAGCUGGUAUGUUAACGAUAAUUUAUUAAAUGACGAUGAUAAUCGUAUGUUCCAGCAUCUUACUAAUGAUGCAGCUUCGUUUGUAACUAAAAACUCUAAACGAACAGAUUCUGGUCAAUAUCGAUUACAAUUAAAAAAUCCAUCUGGAUUCGAUACUGCUACUAUUAAUGUUAAAGUAUUAGAUCGCCCUCAACCUCCUAUAAAUUUAAGAGGAGAUGAGUUUGCAGGAGACUCUUUGACGCUCUAUUGGAAUCCACCAAAAGACGAUGGCGGCUCCCCAAUUACAAAUUAUAUUAUUGAGAAAAAAGAAUCUAAAUCUUCAACGUGGUCUAAAGUAAGCAGCUUCUGCACUGUUCCAUUUGUUCGAAUAAGGAAUUUGACUAUUGGGAAAGAAUACGAUUUUAGAGUUUUUGCCGAAAAUAAAUAUGGACAAUCUGAACCAGCCACUACUUUUGAACCAAUACGUGCAAGACAUCCAUUUGAUGUUCCCAAUGCUCCAGGAAUUCCGCGAGGAAUUGAUUCUACAGAAGAUAGUAUAACAAUUACUUGGAAUAAGCCAAGACAUGACGGAGGUUCACCUAUUACUGGUUAUAUAAUUGAAAAACGCUUAUUAAGUGAAGAAAAGUGGACAAAAGCUAUUCAAUCUUAUUGUCCGGACUUGACAUGCAAAAUUCCAAAUUUAAUUGAGAACGCUGAAUAUGAAUUUAGGGUUGCAGCGAUUAAUGCUGCUGGACAAUCACCUUAUAGUCAAUCAAGCGAACCUAUUUUCUGUCGAAGGCCACCGCAUGCUCCUAAAAUUACUUCAGAUUUAUCUAUACGUGAUAUGAUUGUUAUUGCUGGAGAACAAUUUUGCAUAACUGUCCCUUAUCAUGCAAAUCCAAGACCAACACCAAAUUGGACCAUAAACAAUCAAGAUAUAUCGCAGAGCGAACGUAUUAAAUAUGAAACCAAUGAUUUUAGUUCAGCAUAUAUCAACAAAUGCGCAAAACGUUCUGAAACAGGCACUUACACAAUAACACUAACGAAUAAUAAAGGAUCUGAUUCCGCUUCUUGUCAUGUUACAGUUGUAGAUAAACCUAGUGCUCCACAAGGUCCUCUUUUAGCAAGUGAUAUAACACCUGAUACAUGUACGUUAUCUUGGAAGACUCCAUUAGAUGACGGUGGUUCACCAAUUACUAAUUAUGUAGUUGAAAAAUUAGAUAAUAGCGGUACAUGGGUUAAAGUUAGUAGUUUCGUACGUAAUAUUCAUUAUGAUGUUAUGGGAUUAGAACCAAAUCAUAAGUAUCACUUCCGUGUGCGUGCUGAAAAUCAGUACGGUCUUUCUGAUCCUCUGGAUAUGGAGGAACCAAUAACCGCUAAGUUCCAAUUUACCGUACCAGAUGCACCAGGGCAACCAAAAGUUAUUGACUGGGAUUCAGGUAAUGUGACGCUAAUAUGGACACGUCCAAAUUCUGAUGGUGGUUCACGAAUUCAAGGCUAUCAAAUUGAAUAUAGAGAUGUUGUUAAUGAUUCUGCUUGGAACACUUAUGAAUUUUUAAUUAAAGACACUAAAUACCAACUAUACAACUUAACUAAUGGCAGUGAGUAUGAAUUUCGUAUUAAAGCUAAAAACGCUGCUGGAUUAAGUAAACCAUCCCCACCAUCAUUGCGAUUCAAACUGAAAGGAAAAUUCAGUGUUCCUUCACCACCAGGUACCCCUCAAGUUAUAAAGGUUGGUAAGAAUUAUAUAGAUCUUAAAUGGGAAAAACCAUUAAGUGAUGGCGGAUCACGAAUAACUGGGUAUGUUAUUGAGCGACGAGAUAUUGGUGGAGCUAUUUGGGUAAAAUGUAAUGAUUAUAACGUAAUGGAUACUGAGUACACUGUCUUAAAUCUUAUUGAAAUGGGAGACUACGAGUUUCGAAUAUUUGCUGUAAAUGCUGCUGGGCGUUCAGAACCAAGCUUAUGCACAAUGCCUAUUAAAGUGUGUGAAGUUUUAGGUGGUGAAAAACCAGACUGGAUAACACGUCUUCCAGACUAUGUAGCUCCAUUAGGGAAAGAAUUUACAUUACAGUGUCAUGCAACGGGCAAACCAGCGCCUGUUGCUAGGUGGUUGCGGAAUGGUAGAGAACUUCAAAUGGGUGGUGGCCGUAUAUCAUGUGAUAAUAAAGAUGGAAUAUUCCGAUUGUUUAUUAACAAUAUUCAGUCUACUGAUGAAGGAGAUUAUACAUGUGAAGCCAUCAACUCGUUAGGUUUCGUACAUACUACAGGCCACCUGAAAAUUGGUUCACCACCAAUAAUAAAUAGAUGCCCAACAGAACUAAGUUUGCCAGAAGGUGAUAACACAAAGAUUAAAAUAUAUUACUCAGGUGAUCAGCCAAUGAAAGUUAAAAUUACACUAAAUAAUGAACUUCUGUCUGAUAUGGAUAAUGAAUCACACUUUAAAUAUACAAUUUUCGAUGAUUAUGUUGCUAUAUUUAUACGAAAUAUUGUUAAAAGUGAUGCCGGGUCAUAUAAAGUUGAGUUUGAAAAUGAUUCGGGUGUGGCUACUGGUCAGUUUAAUGCACAUAUAACUGGUCUUCCAUCUGCACCACUUGGACCAAUGGGCAUUUCAAAAAUUAACAAGCAUUCAUGUACUUUAACUUGGCGACCUCCAACAUUUGAUGGUGGCUUGCGCAUUACUCACUAUGUUGUAGAACGCAAAGAUAUUACAUCGCCUCAUUGGAUAACUGUUUCAAGUUUCUGUAAAGAUCUGUCAUUUAAUGUGCAAGGUUUAACAGAAAAUCAAGAAUACAUAUUUCGUGUUAUGGCAGUAAAUGAAAAUGGAAUGGGACCAGCUUUAGAAGGUCUUAAUCCAGUUAAAGCAAAAGACCCAAUUGAUCCUCCAUCUCCUCCAGGCAUACCUGAAAUAACAGAAAUUGGAGGUGAUUUUGUCCAUUUGAAAUGGCAGAAACCUUUAUCAGAUGGCGGUUCACACAUACAAGGCUAUUGGAUCGAAAAGCGUGAGGUUGGAAGCAAUACAUGGCAACGAGUUAAUGUAACCAUUUCAGCAGCAGAUCAAAUUAAUUGUAAAAACCUAAUCGAAGGGCGGCAAUACGAAUUUAGAAUUUUUGCGCAAAAUGAGGCUGGUUUGUCGAAGGAAUCACAAUCUUCUACAGCUGUUAAAAUAGUAGAUCCAAAAGCUGCUAGUCCGCCAGUCAUUGUAACACCACUUAAUGAUGCCAAUUGCAUACAAAAUCAUAACGCUCAAUUUGUAUGCACUAUAACUGGUGUGCCAAAACCAAUAAUUACAUGGUACAAAGGUGCUCGAGAGAUAACAAAUGGAGCAAGAUACCAUAUGUAUGCUGAAGGCGAUAAAUAUUAUUUAAAUAUCAACGACGUUUUUGGUGAAGAUGGUGAUGAAUACGUAUGUCGAGCAGUUAAUAAGGCAGGUGCUAAGUCCACUAGAGCUACAUUAUCGAUUAUGACUGUUCCAAAACUUAAUGUUCCUCCACGUUUUCGAGAUACCGCAUUCUUUGAUAAAGGCGAAAAUAUAGUCAUUAAAAUACCGUUUACUGGUUUACCUAAGCCACGUAUACAAUGGAUGCGUGAAGGUGAAAAUAUAGAAUCUGGAGGACAUUAUAAUGUCGAAGUAAAAGAGCGACAUGCCAUUUUAACAAUUCGGGAUGGUUCUAAACUUGAUUCAGGUCCUUACCGUAUCACAGCCGAAAAUGAACUUGGUUCUGAUUCAGCAAUUAUUAAAAUUCAAAUAAGUGAUCGCCCUGAUCCUCCACGCUUCCCUCUCAUUGAGAAUAUUGCAACUGAUUCUCUCUCAGUUAGUUGGAAACCACCUAUUUGGGACGGUGGUAGCGCAAUCACUAAUUAUCUUGUUGAAAAACGUGAAACUCCUAUGUCAUCAUGGAUUCGUGCAGGUAACACUCGUCUCACAUCAAUGGCUAUCUCUGGUCUAACCCCUGGCAAGGAAUACGAGUUCCGCAUUUAUGCUGAUAAUGUAUAUGGUCGCUCGGAUCCAUCUGAUGUUAGCACUAUUAUAAAAAUGAAAGAUACAGGGAAAAAGAAAACUAAAGAGAGGAAAUAUGAAAUUGACGAAAAUGGCAAAAAAAUUCGUGGCAAAGCUGAUGGUCCUAUUAAGGAUUAUGAUUCCUAUGUUUUCGAUAUAUAUUCAAAGUUUGUGCCUCAACCUGUUGAAGUUUCAACCGAUAGUGUCUAUGAUAAGUAUGAUAUCUUAGAAGAGAUUGGUACCGGAGCUUUCGGUGUUGUACAUCGCUGUCGUGAGCGCAGUACUGGUAAUAUAUUUGCAGCUAAAUUUAUACCUAUAUCUCAUGCUAUCGAAAAAGAUCUAAUAAGAAAAGAAAUCGAUAUAAUGAAUCAAUUACACCAUCAGAAAUUAAUAAACCUACAUGAUGCAUUUGAAGAUGAAGACGAAAUGGUUCUCAUACUUGAAUUUCUGUCUGGUGGAGAGCUAUUUGAGCGAAUCACAGCCGAUGGUUAUAAUAUGACUGAAGCUGAAGUUAUAAAUUAUAUGAGACAAAUAUGUGAAGGAGUACGUCACAUGCAUGAAAAAAAUAUUAUUCAUUUAGACAUCAAGCCUGAAAAUAUUAUGUGCCAAACCCGUACUAGUACAAAUGUAAAACUUAUAGAUUUUGGACUUGCAACAAGGUUGAAUCCAAAUGAAGUGGUAAAAAUUACAACUGGAACAGCAGAAUUUGCUGCUCCAGAAAUAGUAAAUAGGGAACCAGUUGGAUUCUACACCGAUAUGUGGGCGACCGGUGUUUUGGCAUAUGUUCUCUUAAGUGGUCUAUCUCCUUUUGCUGGAGACAAUGAUAUCCAAACUUUAAAAAAUGUUAAAGCGUGCGAUUGGGACUUUGAUGAAGAAGCCUUUAGACAUAUUUCAGAAGAGGCUAAAGACUUUAUUCGUAAAUUACUUUUAACUAAUAAGGAAAAACGUAUGACAGCUCAUGAAUGUCUCCUUCAUCCAUGGUUAAGUGGUGACCAUGCUGAUCGUUCCACACAAAUUUCACGUGAUCGGUAUAUCGCAUUCCGUGACAAAUUAAGAAAAAAUUAUGAUGACUUCCACAAAUAUUUGGCUCCAAUUGGAAGACUUUCAGAAUAUUCUUCAUUACGUAAAUUGCUUGUGGAAAAGUAUAAAAUUCACGAAACUUCAUUUGACCGCCGACAGGCUGCCCCACGAUUUGUCAUACGGCCAUAUUCCCAAUUUUGUUAUGAAGGCCAAAGUGUUAAAUUUUACUGCCGCUGUAUUGCAAUUGCAACUCCAACUUUGACAUGGUCAUAUAACAACGUCGAGUUGAAACAAAGUGUCAAAUUUAUGAAAAGAUAUGCUGGUGAUGAUUAUUAUUUCAUUAUAAAUCGUGUUAAAUUGGAUGACCGGGGUGAAUAUAUAAUUCGUGCAGAAAAUCACUACGGUUCCAGAGAGGAAGUUGUUUUCCUUAACGUUCAUCCACUGCCAAAGGAACAGCCGAAAUAUAAAAAUGAAUCAACAUUAGUUAGAAGACGUGAACCUUUACCAUAUACUUUCUGGCAGGAAGAAUCUGAAUCAGCCCCCAGUUUUACAUUCCUGCUGCGUCCACGUGUUAUGCAAGCACGAGAUACAUGUAAAUUGCUUUGUUGCUUAAGUGGCAAACCAGUACCUAGCGUAAAAUGGUAUAAGGACGGCCGUGAAUUGAACAAAUUUGAAUAUUCUAUGCAACACUCUGAUGGCGUUGUUACAAUGGAAAUCAUCGACUGCAAACCGUCAGAUUCUGGAAAAUAUAGCUGCAAGGCAACUAAUUGUCAUGGUACAGAUGAAACAGAUUGCGUUGUAAUUGUGGAAGGAGAAUGGGUUACGCCCGAGCAAGCCGAACUUGCUCACAAUUUUCUGUACUCAGGAGAUCGGAAAUACAUUGAACAGCCUAUUAAGCCAGCUCCUCCGCCCAUUGUAACUCGACAGCAGUUUACUUCGGCAACUAGUCAAUACCACAAUAGCUCUAAUUCCAAAACACAACAAAGCUCAAACUACUCGACAUUUAACGGGAGUAAGAUCGACGAAACAAGUUCCUCAACAAUUCAAACAAUUGGUAAUAGUAGCAAUAAAAAAAAGUAUGUAGGCAACAAUUUAAAAACACCAGACAGUCCUUCAAGAUCCCGUAGUGCAACAAAAGAAUUGAUACUGCCUCCUGAUGACUCGUUGAUGUGCAAACCAGAAUUCACCAAGCCCUUAACUAACACAAGUGUUCGCGAUGGUGAUCAAUUGACACUGACCUGUCAUGUAAAAGGUGAUCCUGAACCACACAUCACGUGGUCUAAAAAUGGGAAAACUAUUUCGUCGUCUGAUAUAAUGGAUCUGAAAUAUAAAAAUGGUGUUGCUUCAUUAACAAUUCAUGAGGUUUUCCCAGAAGAUGAUGGGGUGUAUACGUGUACUGCAACGAAUUCAAUUAGUGCCGUAGAAACAAAAUGCAAGCUAACUGUAAAACCUACGGACACAAAUUCAACCAAACGCAACAUUUCAGCUGAUAAACCACCAAAAAUUGUUAGUCAUUUGGAAUCCAGAUACGUUAAAGACGGGGAAACCGUCACUUUAGCUUGCCGCAUUAUUGGUGCUGAACAUUUUGAUGUCGUUUGGCUGCACAAUAAUAAAGAAAUAAAGCCUAGUAAAGAUUUUAAUUACACCAAUGAGGCUAAUAUAUAUAAAUUACAAAUAGCUGAAAUCUUUCCUGAAGACUGUGGCACUUACACUUGCGAAGCUUUUAAUGAUGCAGGGGAAUCAUUCAGUACGUGCACAAUAAAUGUUCUAGUACCUGGUGAAGAACCAAAGCAACCAAGUUUUACCAAAUAUCCAUCGUCAGUAACUGUACAAGAAUCUGAAACCUGCAAAUUUGUUUGUGAGACACAAGACGAAAUUCUACAGCUUUGUUGGUUAAAGGAUGGUAAAAGUGUAAAUGAGACCAGCUCGCGCUACUCAUUUACUAAAGAUGGCAACUUGUAUACAUUCUCGAUUGUUAAAAGCAGUAUCGAAGAUGUUGGCCAAUAUCAGGCAAAAGCUAUUGGUAAAAAGGGCGAAACUUUAUGUUCGUUCUCAGUUAAUGUAUUUGUGAACGAAUCGAGCUCGUAACCGCAUAAUACAAAAAAAAAAUUGUAUAUACAUUUUUAAUAAGAUAAUUAAGAUACUAAUAUACCUUUAAUAUAUUAGCUAUUUUUACAAAGUAGUUAUUAACUUUUGAUUGAUUGAUUGUUUAUGCAUAUUUAUACCAAACUCUAUCGUUAUCGUUCAUCAUCAUUCGAAUAUGGACUAUUUGUUUAUUUUUUCAUUCUUUUUAGCUAGGGAACUGCGGAUCAGUUAGUUUAAUGUAUAUAAAAUAUGAUUGUAUUAUUUUUACAUAUUUCGCUUUGAAGUACGGCAUCCUCAACAUAACAUCUCUUAAAUUAAGUACUUGAAGUCGAUAUGUAUAUGUUUUUUUUAUUUGUAGCUUGAAAGUAAUA